UCAGCAGUGGCUGCUCUUGUUGAGGAAAUGGCGUCUGUGGCGGAUCACCCGCUCCUCACGGAGGCCAAAAAGAUGGAAUAUUUCUCCUCCAUCAACUCCAUGGCCCGUAAGAUCAUGGAGGAGAGGGAGAAGAUAAAGGAGAGGUACGGCUCGGCCUGGGAUCAGAUGAGUCCGGUGGAACAGGACACGGCGAUAGACGACGGGAUGCUGGAUCCGCGGAUCCGCGCUCGGUACGCGAUGCACCGAGUGGAGCGAGAAGAAAUGAUCUGCUUCCCGAAACUACUGCUCCAGACCGGACAGAAGACCGUGCACUUCGGGGAAGAGGACUUAACAUGGCAAGAUGAGCACUCGGCUCCCUUUUCCUGGGAGACCAAGAGUCAGAUGGAGUUCAGCAUCAUUUCCGGCGCUCCAGAACCGUCCGUUCCCUCCUUCGUGAUUGAAUCCAAACCCAAGCCCUCUCAAAGCGCCAAGCUGCCCAGCACUGACGAGUCGUCCUUCUGGAAGAUCAGCGCCGAGCGCUCGCGGCUGGAGGGCGAGAAGGCCGAGUUUCAGUCUCUGACGCCCAGCCAGAUCAAGUCUCUGGAGAAAGGAGAGAAGCCUUUGCCGUCAUACCUGAAGUCAGAGUCAGAGGAUGUGCCUCCGUCACGACCGGUUCAGCAGAGAAUCACCAAACCUCACGCACCUCCUCCCCCCGUUCCCAUCAGCGUGACCCCUGCGGCCAUCAGCGUGACCCCGAUUCCUCCCGCUCCCGUGUCGACCUCCGAGGAAGGCUGGGAACGGGCCCAGAGCACUCUUCCUUCUGUGAGCAGCACGAUGGAUGAUGUGUUCAGUCCUGGUCUGGUCACCAGGUCUUCCUCUCAGUCCAACAGCACAGUCAAAGAUGCUGACAAGGCUGAAAGUCCUACCUUCUCACAGUAUAACACAAGCAGUAGUAUCCUGAAGACUGGGUUUGACUUCUUGGACAACUGGUAACUCUCGAAUAUCCCGAAGAACCCAACACUACAGAACACUUUCCUUUCAAAUCCAAAUGCUUUAGUAGUUUAUUUAUAGUGCAUCAAUAUCUCUACAACUGUAUUUAAAUCUCCAUCUGUCUGACUCCAUCUCACUGGAUAGAGGUUACUGAAUGCAUGAGCUAUGAUAGAUGGGGUAGGAUUUUAAACCAAACAUAUUUCUAUGAUUGUUUCACACUUGAUACAUUUGCUUGCAUCAGAACCCAUUGGCUCUACUCUCCUUGACAUGUUGAUCUGCUUUCCCACUGUUAUUGUUAUUCUAAACUCUGGUAUGUUAGCAAAAAUUCUUUCACCAUCAACAUUAUCCAGGCAACAAAGUUUGAAAUCUUUAAAGUUGCAGAACAAUGUUUUGAUUUCUGUUUGUUACUAGCAAAAUGGCACAAUUCUUAAUUAGAACCAGCCCACUUCUGGAUUGCAUUCCCAUUGACCACAAACCAUACUGUGGUUCACAUGAAAAUAAACCCAAAGCCCCUUUUUCGGAAUCAAGUAAAAAUCCUUUUGUGCUUUUACAGAAGUUUGGGAGAUGCAUUAAUUAAACAAGCCAGACCUGGUGAUCAGUCAAACUCAGAUCCACACUAACGGGCCGUUCACAGGACAUUUUCAGCCAAAAACAGGAAACUUUUUAUGCAUUUUGCCUGUUGGUUUACACGACAGCGACAUUUUGGGGACUGAAAACGAUUAUUUUUGAAAAUGGGUUUCAGUUUCCGUGUAAACACCCAAAACGGGAAUCUUUGAAAACAGUGACAUCAUGCAUUCAUUGUAUGUGUUAGGUAUGUAGACAUGAGCAAUACGUGUCGAUUUUAAAGGCAAGCGCGAACAAACAUACACAACAAUGGCGGAGUACAUGGUACUGUUGUUGCUGCUCAAGAGUUUGCUAACGCUUCCUCAGCAAAGUGUGGAUUUACUUCACCAAUAUUACAACAAAUAGAUAACAGUCACUUUCCUAAAGCUACUGUUUACUAACAAGGUGACAGCGCCAACUACUGGCCUGGCAUACGUAAUACAGCGUUUUUGGCCAUUUUCGUGGAUGUGUAAACCCAAAUCUUUUGAAAACGCUGUCGUGUAUACGUGAAACUUUUUAAAAACGCAAGGGAUAAACUUUCCAGUUUUUGACUACAUCGUUGUCGUGUAAAUGUAGCCUAAAACCUCUAGUGUGAAUGCCACAUCACCGUCACUGCCAUCAUUUUUUAUCUAUAUUUAUCUAGACCUCAAUACUAGUGUUAAGAUGCUUCACUGUACAUUUAUUGAUUAGGACCUAAAUGAAACACCGUAGCACUAGCAUGUUUUUGAGAAGGUGACUUGCGCCUUGCUUGUUUUGUAGACUUUUUAUAUGCGUGCUACUUUCAUUGUAUGCUUUGAAGUAAAUCAUUGACUUUUCUCCUCA